UGUCUUUUUAGGCAAGCAAAUACUACUUCCCUAGGCAAACCAAGGAUAAGAGAGAGUCCGGGCUUUGUGCACAGGUUUUCUUUCAGUUUUCAGCGAUAACUUGACGGCAGGCAUCACCAGGAAACGCUAACAGCUAUAAAACAAUAUUAUAACGAAUUCUUGAGGCGGGCGCGCCGGCAAGCGCUUAAAUCGGCAUGGCGACGCCGUCAGGCUCGCUCGAGCAGCGCUAUGACAUUGCCGAGACGGUCGACUACAUCCUUGAGGGCGGCUUCCGUGAUGUGGCGCUGCAGUUUCCUGAUGAGCAGCUCGCGGACAGCCCGGACGUGUUUGCGCUGCUGCAAGCCCGGCUUGGCGACAGGGCGCGGGUGUUCGUGCUUGCCGACCCCGUGUUCGUGCUUGCCGACACCGCCUACAACCCACUUGGUGUGGACGAGGUGGCGGCGGCGCACCUGGCGGCGGACUGCGUGGUCCACUACGGCCGCGCCUCGCUGUCUCCCGUAAACUCCCUGCCCGCCUUCUUCGUGUUCCCCAAGGAGCAACUGGACGCAGCAGCAGCAGCAGCGGCGCUUCAGCCCGCCAUCGCCGCUGCGGAGGCAGAGCGGCGGCAGGCCGGUGCUACAGCCGGUGCUACAGCCGGUGCUGCUGCGGGUGCUACUGCCGGGGGUUUCCAGGCGGUGGUGGUGCUGGUGGACCAGGGGUAUCACCACAGGCUGGGUGAGCUGAGGGCAGCGCUGGAGGGGGCGGCGGCGACGGCGGCGGCGGCGCCAGGAGCAGCAGCAGACUCAGGGACAAACAGCAGCGGCGGCAACGGAAGUGACUCACCGUUACCACCUUUUGUGUACGCACACAUCAGCGCUCGCUCCCUGCGGCCGGCGGCGACGGCAGCCAAGGCAGCGGCGCGCGGGUGCGGCUCGGGUGCGGCGGCGGGUGCGGCGGCGGCGGGUCCGGAGGCAGCGCCAGGGGCGGCGGGCGGGUGUGGAGCACCGGCAUGCUGUGCCGCGGGUUCGGAGGCGGUGGCGGGAGCCACGGGCUUUACGAGACCGGAGGCGGCGGAGGGUGCCGGGAAGGAGGCAGCCGGGGAAGAGGUGGCGGCUGUAGCCGCGGCAGCACCACCCAGCGCGGCGGGCGGCUGUGUCACGUGCGGCCGCACGGACGUGCCGGCGGGUGGCUGCGGCGCCGCCGCUUCCUCCUCCGCCCCCAUGGACCCUGCUACAGCCGCUGCCGGCAGUAGCACCAGCAGUAGCACCCCCACCGCUACACCCGCCGCUACAGCCGCCGCCACGACCAGUAUGGUGGGCCUGAGCUGGUCGCUGCCUGCGGGCGCGGCGCGGGCGGACUGCCUGUAUGUGUGGGUGGGGCCCGAGGGCGCGAGCUCGCACCAGGUGUUGCAGAUGACGCACAGCGGCUGCGAAUGGCUGUCGUACGACCCGGCAGCAGCAGCAGCAGCAGCGGCUGGGGGUGAGGCAGCGGGUGGUGGCAGUGGAGGUGGCGGUGGCGAAGUGCGGCGGGGCGUGUCGGAGGAGACGCGGCGGCUGCUGAAGCGGCGGAACUUUCUGGUGGAGAAGGCGCGGGCGGCUAGCAUCGUGGGCAUUCUGGUGAGCACUCUGGCCACGGGCGGCUUCCUGGAUGUGAUCAGCGCGCUGCGGCGGCUGUGUGCGGCGGCCGACAAGAAGUCGUACACCUUCCUCAUCGGCAAACCCAACCCAGCCAAACUAGGCAACUUCCCGGAGGUGGACGUAUUCGUGAUGGUGGCGGAUGCGCAGGGUCUGAUCCUGGACAGCCGCGACUACCUGGCCCCGCUGGUGACGCCCUGGGAGGCGGCGCUGGCGCUCACGGGGCGGCACAUAGAGGCGGACGACUACAGGCUGGAGCUGGGAGACGUGCUGGACUUUGAGCGGCAGCACGCGGAGCGCACGCGCCAGCAGGAGGCGGGGCAGGCGCUGGUGUCGCUGGGGGGGCUGGGGCUGGACCUGGCCAGUCGCGGCGGCGGUGCGGGCGGCGGCGGCGGCCGCGGCGAGGUGGUGGCGCGCAACGCGGCCGAGUACCUGGUCCUCAAGCGGAGCUACAAGGGACUGGAGAUGCCGGCAACGGGCGCGGAGCCCAAGGCCGUGGAGCUGGCAGUGGAGGGCCGCAGCGGGCGGGCGGCGGGCUACGCGGACGAGCAGCCGGCGGAGCGGAGCGCUGCGGCGUGGUGACAGGGAGGCCGGUGGCGCAGCGGGAGAGGAGGAGGCGGGCGCUGGAGGGGGGGCGUUCAGCCAUCCAUGCAAGACGGUGUUAUGAUUUCAUCAGAGGUACUGGGCAUGCUAGCCUGGCAUUGGGGCCUGGGUGGCGUGUAAUGCUGCAGGCGUUUUGGGGGGCAAGGAAGGGCGGGGUCCUGUGUUCGUGCCAAACGGAAUCGGGGGAGGCGGAGUGUGGGGGAGGCGGAGUGUGGGGAGGCGGAGUGUGGAGGAGGCGGAGUGUGGGGAGACGGUGUGUGGGGGAGGCGGGGGCUGUGAGCCGCAAGGAGCGGGAUCACUGAAAUGUUUACAUGCGAAUGCGAAUGCGAAGGAGCGGGAUGGUGUGCAGGGUGUGGUGACACAUCUGAUGAGGCUUGCCAAUACCUGGAGACUGGAGUAGGCCAUGCACAAAGAAGGGCUACUAUGCUGGUGGAAUCCGUGCGGCUCGGCUCUUCUCCAACCUGUAAAGGCUCACGGCC